ACAGUAACAGGUAUCGUCAAAAGAAUCUCAUAAGCAAUCCAAAUGUUGAUAGCUACCUUCCAUCUAUUUGAUGUAUGUCAACACGUCUAUAUGUUACGGCAAAAAGUCUUCGUACAAUCAUCACCAUUAAGAUCUGAAUUUUCACCGUAUCAUCCUAGGCCGGUAUCUGUAUUAUCUCAUUUUGAAUUUUGUGGCUCAAAUUUGGUAUCUCAUUUUCUCUCUUUACUACGAUGAUUGUUCUCUAGUAGGACAUUGGGCGUGCUGUUUUAUGUUACAAACUGUCAUGAACAUUGCAUUCUAAACUAACAUUAGAAAACAGAAGCUGGAGUUGAUACGAAAUGAAAAUUAAUUUAAUUAUCGGUUCUGUUUCAGCAAUCUUUUAUGAACCGUAAGGACCUUAGUCACCUGUGUAGCGUGGACUAAUAAAUAAUUAAAGAGGAUCUGUUAUUAUUGCAUAUAUUAGAAGAUAUCUGCCAACUUAUUUGAAUUUUCUCCAGAGGCCUAAUAUGCUGGGUUCUACUACUAGUAGACAGAUAAAUAACAGAGUCGAUUAAUGACUUUUUUUUAAUUUGUAUGCAUCUUGGUCUAUAGUAAAAAAAUUUCAUCUCCAGAUACAGGCCAUGAAAAAUGUUGGGUUGGUCAGAUAUUUGAUCACCAUUGCAGAAUAUUAGGGUUUCCCCAAAGAAUCUUACAUGCCUCGUAAUGAGUCCAUGUUUUUCUCAUGACAUGAUUCUUUCAUUGGAAUUGACUAAUAGUCGCGAUGUGCUUGAUCAAUCUAUUUUAUGGGUUUGGAUGCACUUACACUGGCUGGAAGUGUACUUGUUGCCAUACAACACCUAAUAUUUUUCAGGGAGAGGAACAUACUUGCAAAUAGCGAAAUUUAUGUAGGAGAGCAACUUAAAGUCCUGUAUUGCCGACAUCUAGCUUACCCCUGUAAUUUCUAUGCUCUUCUUGCUGUUAGGUCCAAGCUACUCUGUGUUGUUACAGUUUCUGGCUUCAUUUCAGUUUUUUUUUCUUGUUGUACUUCUUCAAAUGAUUUCUUCUAGCUCAGUGGAGGGACAAAUUACCCCAGUUCUGGUCACAGAUGAACAGGCCUUGGAGGCAUUGCACAAUUAAAACUUUUUUUGAUUCUGUCUGUCCAUGUAUACAUGCAUGAAAGAAUGUCAAAAAGCAUUUCACAAACUCAACUGGUCCAUAUUCUUAACUCUUUAGCCACUUGUGCAGUGAUUUGGAAACAUUUUCUAUACAGAAUGGCUAUACACCUUAAUUUAAUUGGUUAUUAGUAGAAUGCUUCUAAAUAUCCAUAUAUAAUCCUAUUAAUAUAAACAGAUCAGUAAAACUAAUGUCAGAGUACUUUGUCUAUUUCUGAUUUCCUCCUACACUGUAUCAAGUUAUUCUCUUGGCUAAUUUGCGAUCAGUCCUUUAUUGUUAGAUUAAUGUUUAGGAAUUAUCAAAUAAAAUGAACUCCUCAGUCCUCGCCAGGUUAAAUAGUGGUUUCACGUUGUGUUUAGUCGGAGAAAAAUGUAAAGCGAUGGAAUAAUAAAAUUAAAUUGUAAGUAUUCCAGUGAUUUUUAUUUGUCUAUUUUGUUUCACAAGCUUAAAUUAGAAUUUUGAGUUCCGGAUGCAAACACAUGAGCUGACAUUUGAAUUAGUAUAUGCUAAGGUAUUUCAUUUUCAUGUGUUCAUGGUCAAAUGGGAGAAUUCUUGAUAUCAAAUGACAUCACUGAAUGAGUUUACUGAGUCAAAGGAACAUACUUUUGAGUAUGUAUUUUAUGCUGAAACUUAACCAGAUGUUUAUAGUAAAUGCUGGUCAUGUCUUUUGGAUUGCCUCAAAUGUUUUUUUAGGAAGAGCUACAUUGAUCCUACAACUCCUUCAAAAAUUCAGUGAGUUGCCAGAGUUUCUAGUUGGUGGUUUCUAGUUGUUUAAGAUCUCAGAUCCCAGCUUAAUAUUACUGAUCAGGCAGAUGGUUUAGAGUAGUGAAGCAGAGUGUUCUAGACAGACAGGAAAGCAAUCAAAAAGUGAAGGAACGGUUACAGGUGGACGUCAGCUCCUUUCUCCACAGAUACAGGGCACUGGGCACCACUAAAUUCAUGAUUGACUCUGGAGCUGUAAAUGAGGAGAUUACUUUUCCAAGAAAGGCCAUGAGCUAAUCAGAACUAAGUUUAAUACCUCCAAGUGAAAAGUUAUGAUCACCAUUAUCAAAACCAUAUAGGUACAGGUACUUAGAAGCCCUACCAGUGAGGUUGAUUCGUUUUGCAAGAUGUAGGAGAACUACACUUCCCAGAUAAAUUAACUUUGAGGAGACUUCUUGCCCAGACAUGCACCAAACUUAUGGUCAUCUCCAUGGGAUUUCUACUUGCAUUCGUUUGGUUAUAUCCUACAUGAACAAGAUAUAUGCUUCUACAGUUUCCACCCUGAAGUCCAUAGCAUGGACUCGUGAAUUACCAGAUACAAAAGAAUUCGUUGAUCCUACAAGUGCUGACUUCCGUGAAGAAGAAAGAUUCUCAAAUCCUUACCAAAUAAUUAACGAGCUGGAGAGAAAAAUUAACAUGUUGCAGGUGAAGUCAUAUGCAAUGCCAAAAGAGAGAGAAGAGCUUCUUAAGGCUGUUGUUUGUCGUGUGGAUGCAUUAGAAGCCGAAUUAAUUUCCACCAAGAAGGCUCUGCACGAAGCCCUGUUAAGGCAAGAUGAACUCCUUGCAUGUGUAGAUAGUCAAGAAGCAGCAAUGUCACUGGGAAAGAAGAAAAGAUGGUGCACGAGAAAAUCUUUGAAAUAACUAUGCUAGAUUAAACACCAUGGACAUAUGGAUUCAUUUCUGCAGAGCGUGCGAAUCAAAGUUGAUCUGGAGGAACUCUUUGUAUAAUUUUUAUUUUAGUUGGCCAUUUAUAAUGGUUUCAUUAGCUUAUAAAUGCACAUAAUACAUUU